AUGGGUCAUCCUUACAAACGCCAACAACUAUCUUUGUCACCUACUGUGAACUUGUGUGUUAUAGUGUGGUAAGUUAUUAAGCAAUAGUCAUUUGUCCCAAAAGAAAGGAUCUGUUUCAGCCUGUUUAGAAGAUUCCCCUCCCUGGCCCCGGGGCAGAAGUAUGUGUGCUGUGAGUCUUGCCUGAGAUAACUGCUUAAAUCCCUCUUGCUGGUUUUGGUGCAAGUGCCCUGUGCUAUGUUACUGGUUGGAAACCCAAAGCAGUGUGAACUUCUCUCCCUUGCCUCUCCGGCCCCCCACCUGGCACUACCGACUCCUGCCAUUGUGCUGUGGGUGGCUCUUCUGACCAACCAAGAAAGGAAGGAUUGCUGCCAAAUGAAAUGUCCAUUGCAAACUGUGGUGUUCUGUCUCAGCAACAAAAUGGACACCUCUCUUCUUUGUCCAUUUCCUCCCACAGAGAAAUAGUGCACAGCAUGUGCCUAGAGUUUCACCAUUCUCAACAUCUUUUUUCACCUGUGCAAUGAGAAGUCCUAUCUCUGCAUACAAGCACACAGACACACCCAGGGAUGUUCAUAUAUCAAUAAAGGAAAGAGAACAUAAACUGCCCUCUGGUUUUAGAUGAAAGCCACUGAUAGCAACGCUCUCGGUAGCCUCUCGAACAUCCUCCCCAUCCUUCCCUGCCAAGCAGCUGUUUGGGCAAGAUGGUACACAGAGAUGGCCAUUUUCAUGCACGGUGCUCCCCCAUCACAGUUGUGCCACAAAAUUGGGGGAGGAGCAGAGUGGCAAGCUCAGGGGAGACCCACAAGGGCUGCAAUGGUCCACAGGUUGCUCACAUGUGACAAUAAAAGGAUGUUUUUACUGAUAAAUUUUGUAAAAUGGCCUGUAGGCCAAAGGGGAAGGCUGUGAGACCUUCACAGAUAAAACACUUUAGACAGAACCAGUAAAAGCUGUAAUGUCUCAUGAUCUGAGGAACUAAACUCCUGAAGGAGCAAUGGGGUUGAACCACCUGUUGUAAUGUUGCUCCUUGGAAAAGGGCCAAGAGGGAUUGGGAUCAGUCACAAACACAUGAACCCAGGAAGAACCAAAUAGUCCAUUUAUAUUCAGCUUGCUUAUUUCACCUUUUCCUGGUCUUUCGGCUUAGCCCCAUUUCUGAUCCUUAAUUUCAGGUACCCUCAGCAAGAACAGUGAGAUUCGGCCUGGACUAAAGAGUACCAUAAGGAUAACACCACUAUCAAUAAACCCCUGUUACUUGGAGUGACUUGGUUGACCUCAGAAGAUGGGGAAGCCUGGUGAGGGGACUACUCAAAUAAUAUCAGGGUUGAUGCAGAGGGUCUUGCUAAUGGGCAGAACUAAAAAGAAUUUAAUAGUAUUAACUCAUUAUGGGGUCCCUGGCUUCUGAUUCUGAUCCUAUCUACCACACACAAACUGUCUUUGAAUUUUAUGUAUGAUAAGCAAGAGAAUGGUGGGAGGGGCAUCAGAAAAGCCUCUGCCUGAAUGUCACAAAUGAUGAUGUCACAGGGAUUCUGUGGUGAAGGUUCUGUUCUGCAGCCAUUGGAGGCCCAGCUGAGACUGGGAGCAGAAACUGGUGGCAGCACUUGAAAGACAGGAAUACUCAGAUAUCAAUACUGUCCUGCGAGCGCCACUGUCCAUAGACACUCCAAUUUGAUGUUGGCGGGAAAUAGUCUGCUAUUAUAGAUUCUUCACACAGGCUUUAGAGGCAAGAAGGAGAGGUAAAGUUCUACGUUCCAAUAGAAAAACUGCCAUUGAUUUAAUAGGUUUGGACUAUAUCGCUUGGAAUUUUUUAGGUUUCUUUAAAUUGGCCCAACAUGGGAAGAGAAGGUGACCUUUGGAAUUAUUUUGAGAUGUGAAGGUGGUUGCUUUUUUUAUAAAAAAAACAACCACACACAGACACAAGGCCCAUAGAAGACAACUACACACUUGGGUGCAAGUGCCCAUUUUGGGCAGAGGGGGUUAGUGUCAUGGUCCGGUUCACGGGUGAUCGAAAGUCUCGGCUGGGGACGUUGGGACCAGGGGCAAGACAGCGGGGUGGGAGAAGGAACGGGAGUCCAGAAGCCAGGAGUCAGAAAGCCAAGAGUCCGAGGGUCAGAGAGCCAGGUGUCACGAAGUCAGGGGUCCGAGGAUCAAGAAGCAAGGAGUCAAGGAGUCAAAUGCAGUUGCUGUGGCAAAGAGCCGAAGGGAAGAUGCUGACCUUAUAUCCCUUCCCAGCUCUUGCCACCAGGUGCUGUGAGUUACCAAUCGGCCUCACCCACGUGGCUGCGCCAUGGUUCUUCAGAACAAACUUAGGAAGGCCCCAGUCCGGCAGAGUCCUAUUGGUCACAGGGCCUGGCUCCUGCACGCACACCUGACAGCUAGUUUGGUUUUCUUCUUGGAGUGGUCACUGUGUCUUGUCUCCCACCCAGCAGACACAGGCAGAAGUUCUUACUUGGAAGUAAGAAAGAGAUAUUUAUUCAGGCAAGUAUAUUGGGCCUCGACGGAAGACACAAAGAUGUCCCAAGAGGUUUCCCCGCACCGCCUGCCAAGCUUUUAAAGACAAGGCGUGCCUUGCUCACUUGCCAGACUCUCUUGCCUUAUGGGAAUAUUGGGGCUGCAAGCAUGCUCUGCUCUGUCAAGGAGAUGCCUGGUUCUAGGCAACAAGACUGCACCCUCCUGCUCAGGCUCCUGUUCAGUUGAUGACCUUUCCUGGUCAGUCCCUGCCCCCUGUGGCUGAUCACAGCCCUCCCCAGCCACCACUGAACGGAUUCAGCAUCCCUUCCCUGCUUCAAAAGCAAAUGAAGUCGUAGAAAGGGGAGAUCUCCUUUUCUGCAGCCCAAGUUUGCCCAGUUUUGCCCUCUCCUCUUUCCUUCUCCAGCAAAGCCUGCCAACCCAAGGCUGAUGCCAGCUGAACUGCAGGACUCAGGCCACAUUCACCCAUGCCCUUAAUCUGUACUGACCAGGUUUUUAAAAAACAUGUGAAAGUAUGUUUUAGAAACUGAUUUAAAACGAAAAAACACCACAAUAAUCCCACAAUAAAAUGGAAUAAUUCUGGAAUUCCAAUUCUGGCAUGACCAUUUUCUUCCACAUGAAAGACUGUCAUGUGAAUACAAAAUCUACAUACUGUACAGGAAAGAUAUACAGAAGACUAGAUUUCCAUUCCGGUUCAUAGUCCAUUUCUAUCCAUUUCUUUUGUAGUCAUUAUAUUCUUUUGCAGGUUGAAAAAAAUAUUAAUUUGAGCACUGACUCUAUACUGAGCAUGAGUGCAAUCCAGCCAAAGUUAUGCGCUUUUAAGAUGUACUGGUUUCAGUAAGACCAAAUAUGUGCUUAAGUCCAAAUCCAAAUCACUGGUGGUACAUCAAAAACCUUUAAGUCGUCAGAAACCAGAAUAAAAUAGAUCCUUUUUUAAAUAGAGUUACAUCAACCCCAGGCAUGUGAUUAACUCUCUCAGUGAAAUAUAUGCUAUUUUAAAGUGCUUACCUAUGAAUGAAUUGUUUACAGACUGCCCAAAUAUUUAAAAAUACAUUUUUUUACUCUGGCUGAGACUCUUGAGUUGCCAGCUAAUGUGUUAUGUUUCUUUUGUGAAUACAGGAGGAUAGCAAAAAAACAAACAAACCCCAAACCCUAAUACAAAAACACACCUUGCCCCCAUUGCAGAAGGAUUGGCCCUUAUUUGGGUGGCAUGAAGUGCCUGUUAAUUUCAUAGAUUUCAUAGAUCUCAUAUAUUUAAGAAGCACAGUCUCAUUGUAUCUGUGCUACUUUCCCUCCUAGUGCAAUUUGAGUCCCAGCUAUACAUCAGCCAGCAUGAGGAUUCUUUGUUUUUUCCUGCUUAUCUUUUUCCUGUUCCAACCUGCCUACCUGGACAAAUCAGGUAAGUGUCAAAAGGGUGUGAACUAUACACAUUUUCAAUUUGCUCUGGUGUUUUCCCCAAGGAAAAACUCAUUUCCCUCUUCCGUAUUAUGUGUGUUUUCAUAACCCUUCUCUUUGGAAAUGGCCCGACCGGGUCAUGUGGGUUAUUGUCACCAAAUUAAUUCAUAACUAUUACAGGGAGCUCCCAGGUGACUAGCAGGUUCCUCCUGCUUCUCUUGGUGUGGCAAACAAUAUGUUUAUUUAUGAGGACUGCCUCCUAUUCAUCCCCUGCUCUUUUUAAAUUAUUAUUUCAAAAGGAUAAACAACCACACAACUUUCCGACUACAUCUGAAGGCUAGAAAUUGUGCCCUGGAUUGGGAAGUUUUUAAUGUUUGACAUUUUAGAACAUGAAAAGAGCUGUGCAGGAUCAGACCAAAAGCCCAUCUGUUCUCAAAGCUGCCAAUUAGAUGCCUCCAUGGGAAGUUCCCAAGCAAGAUAUGAGCACAACACACACACACAAUUUCCAGCAACUGGUGUUCAGAGAAACACUGCCUCUGAUAUUGGAAGUAGUAGAUAGACUAGUAUUGGCCAUUGAUAGCCUUGCCGUCCAUCUGAUUUGGUGGCCAUCGGUACAGCUUGUGACUCAGAAGUCCCCCUGUAGCCAUUGGGACUUACUCCCGGGUAAGAGCACAAAAGACUGCAGGACUGUAAACCGUAUUACAUAAUACAGAGCACCUAGGCUAUUGUUAGCUAUCUGAAGGUGAAGAAGCAAGAGCAAUGUGUCAGAAGUUAAUUCUAAUGAGGGCUUAGCAUUGCAGAUGGGACAUUCAGUUAUUAUAAGCAGGGAACUGGCAAUGGGUAUUUUUUAAAAAAGAAGCAUUAAACUGAUGGAGGGGCAGGAGUAGAGUGGGGGAACCUUGGCCUUCCAGGUUUCGUUGGAACUACAACUCUCACUAUCCCUGGCCAUUGGCCCUGCUGGAACUGAAAGGACCCACAACAACUGAAGGGCCUGCAAUAAUCAGCAACAUUUGAAUGGGUAUGUUGAAUGAGCCACCUCCAAGAGAAAGUGUUGCGCUACAGCUGACAGCAAGCCUCUGCCUGUGGUGAUUUAUUGGUGAGGGUUUAGCCACAUACACAGGGGUGCCAACUUGAAUAAAACAUGGGGGGUGAGGUAAGCCCUGACUCGCAUAAUCAAUCACAUGGCACGGUGCGCACACACCAUUUGAAUGGCAGUGCCGAUCAGCUUUGAGGGGCCUGACCCCCUCUAAUAUUUUAUGGGGGCGAAGUCCCCUCAGCCCCUGGGUGUUGGCUCCUAUGCACACAUGCAUGUCAUUGCGUGAUGCUGGAGACAAGAAGAGGUAAAUAUUCCUCUGUACACCAGUUCUUUGUCCAUGUGCAACAUUGUGUGAUGGUCUCCUGAGUACCAGGAUAUAAACAGCAUUGUUGUGCACCUAAACAGCAGAGGAAAAUCAGAAUUUAGAGUCCUGGUACAAUAGUAAGCUGUGCAAACAUUCCAAAAGAGCCUUCUUACAGAUGUCCCCAGUAUUGCUGACAGGGCAUCUAGGUAGGGAGAAUUGAGUGGCAAGGAUAUUGAUUUGCUGGUGCUUCCCCUAAGAUCUCAAUCUCUUGUAUUAAGAGAUUUAUGGCAGUCCAGUCUGUGCAUGUGUUGUCUUGGUCUUCUCCAGCUUCGUAUAAUGUCUUCUGCACAGGAGUCCAGAGCAGCUCCGAUAAGACUCACAAAGUCUCAUUUUCUCUAUGAAGGCACAGGGCGAUGUAG